AUGGCACGUGUCCUGAAACCAUUUCAGGAUGCCACGAAUGUCCUCUGUGCCCACAUGGCCAGCCUGGGGCAAGUCAUCCCCUUCAUUUCCCCUCCUCCUCCUUCUUCCCCUCCAGGGUUUCGAUAUGCCUCUUAUGAGGUGAUCAUCCCAAAGAGACAGACCCCCAGGUAUGGGCACAAAGAACCCCAGCAUGUGAACUACCUGCUGAAGAUAGAAGGGAAGAGCCACCUGGUAUACCUCAGGCAGAAGAGAGCCUUUGCUCCCCAACACUUUCCUGUUUUCACUUACAGCAAGGAGGGGGAUCUGCAGGUGGACUAUCCAUUCAUCAGGGAUGACUGUUUCUACGAUGGUUUUGUACAGGGCAUACCUUCCUCUUUAAUCAUCCUCAGCAUUUGCUCAGGGGGUCUUAGAGGUGUGUUGCGAAUAGACAGUAAGACCUAUGAAAUUGAACCUGUCCCGAUGUCUGCCACCUUUCAACAUGUGGUAUAUCGACUGGAAGGACAGGAAGCUGUUGCAUGGUGUGGGGUGACACAAGAAGAGCAACAUCGAGAAGCAGCCAUAAUGGAAAAUACAGAGAAUUUAGCAGCUGAAAAGGAUCAAGACAUUCCUUGGCAGACACAAAGAAUGUAUGCAAAGCUUGCAGUUGUAGUAGAACAUGAGCGAUAUGUCCAGUUUGGCAGAAAUGAAACUAUUGUUGUUUUGCAGCUGCUGGAUAUCAUCCAUUUUGUAGACUCAUUGUAUGUGCCACUUGGUAUUCGUGUGGCCUUGGUUGGACUAGAAAUAUGGUCUGAAAGGAAUUUCAUUAAUAUUUCUGACAGUCUAGAGUCUGUACUUGCCAAUUUCAAUAACUGGAGAAAAAACACCUUUGUUAAACGUGUAGAACAUGAUGCAGGUCACUUACUUGUAUAUAAGAAUUUUGGACAUAUGGUUGGAUUUGCAUAUCUAGGAACAAUGUGUAACCCCCUUUGGGCAAGUGGCGUUGAAUCAUAUACUAGUACCAGUUUAUUCUUUAUUUCUAGCACAGUCGCCCAUGAACAGGGGCAUAUUCUUGGUAUGAAGCAUGAUGACAAGUACUGUACUUGUGAAAAGAAAACCUGCAUUAUGGCUGCCUCUCAUACCGACAGUGAUCAGUUCAGCAAUUGCAGUUACAGGCAGUAUUUCACUCGAAUGAAAUCUCAUAGAGCAAAAUGCGUGUUAAUUGCCUCAGACCCCAGUAGACAGUAUAAACCCACAUACUGUGGGAACAAAGCAGUAGACAGCGGAGAGCAAUGUGACUGUGGUUCAAAAUUAAAUUGUGAAUCAGAUCCAUGUUGCCAGUCUGAUUGCAAGUUGCGUUCUGGUGUCACUUGUGCUUUUGGAGAGUGCUGCUCUAAAUGCCAGUAUCUUCCGGCUGGAAGUCUUUGCAGGCAAAAUGCUGGUGUCUGUGACCUUCCAGAGUACUGCAAUGGGUCUUCAGAGUGGUGUCCUGAAGAUGUUUAUGUACAAGAUGGUGCCCCAUGUCCAGAUGGUGCCUACUGUUAUCAUGGGAAUUGUUCUACUCAUAAAGAACAGUGCAAGGUGAUCUUUGGCUCAAAAGCAACAGUUGGUUCAGAGGGCUGCUUCAGAGAACUGAAUGCUCAAGGUGACCGCUUUGGCAACUGUGGUACUGAUGGCACUACUUAUAACAAAUGCAGUACUAGGGAUAUUCUCUGUGGACGAAUUCAGUGUGAAAACAUUGAUCAGUUAUCUUCUUUGGAAGAACACAGCACCAUAAUCCAAACGCACAUUAGCAGCAGUCUGUGCUGGGGCACAGAUUACCGUAAUGGAAUAAAGACUCCUGAUAUUGGAGCUGUGAAAGAUGGCACUCCUUGUGACAAAGAUAUGAUGUGUAUUAAUAAGGAAUGCACCAAUGUGUCUCUCUUAAAAUAUGACUGUAAUGUGACAAAGUGCCAAAAUAGGGGAAUAUGUAACAGCCACAAAAAUUGCCACUGUGAUUAUGGUUGGGCCCCCCCAUACUGUCUAGAUAAAGGAUAUGGUGGCAGUUUUGACAGUGGACCCCCUCCACCACACAAACUAAACAUGUUCCUAGAAAGGAGAGGACUGAAGACUGCAGACGGGCAUCGGCCAAUAGUUACUCCCGAGAAGAACUACAAAUCCCAGAAUCCUCAGAGGCUCUUCCUGUCGUGA